UCAAACGACAAAGCACGUUUCUUGUUUCUCGUUUCCGGUAGUGCAUUGUGAUGAUUGCAAUUUAUUAGAUUAAUAACAAUGGAAGAAUUAUCAUUGUCAAAGCGUAAAUCUCAAGAAAAUAAUAAAAAAUUGAGGUUGCAGGGAAAGCCAUACUCAACUUCAAAAGGCAUUCGAAAACCAGGAAAACAGUUACCACCUGAUGAAGCUACUUGCAAGUGUAAAUAUAAAUGCAGACAACUUACUAAAGAGGCCAAGGAGAUGCUAUUCAUUGAACUAUAUCGACUUUCAGAAAAACAGCAGGGGACAUACCUUAUGAAUCGGGUGGAAAUAGUUCCAGUUUCUAGGAGGCGGCAUGGAAAAUAUGAAGAUCCUACAGAGAGUAAGCGACAAUCAACAAUGAUAUAUACUGUUCCUACCGGUACUGGCCUCAUACAAACAGGUAUGUGCCAAGACCUUCAAAUACAUAUUCGGAUUAACAAACAGUAGAUUGCAGACACUCAACACUAAGAAGAAAUUAGGAGAUGUUGCAUACAGUGACAAGAGAGGAAAGAACCCUAACUCGCACAAGCACACAGAAAAUUUACUGAGGAAGACUGCAGCUUGA